AUGUCUUUCUAUGAGGGAGACAGCCGCACCGGCCCCCAGCCAGCGCCGCCACCACGAGCCCUCCAACCCGGCGAGAUCGGAGCCAUCAUCGGCACCGUGACCGUCUUCAUUGGCGUCGUCGGGGCGCUGUUCUUCUACCGCACACACAAGGCCAAGAGGCGUCGGGCGGAGCACGGCGAGAGGGUCGACGACGACGACGAACAUCGACUGCACGAGACGAGGCACCAUAAAACCGAAGACGGGCUAUUCGGGGGAAGGAAAGUGGUGACGAAACCGCUCCCGGCGAGGAAAAAGACGUGGGACCCCUAUGAAGGGGCGAAGACGGAUGAGUCGGAUGCUGAGAGAGGAGAGAGCCAUGAGAUGCGCACCCAGGAUAGGGUGCGAUCAUAG